ACACACACACACACAUGUACACACACACACACACACACACACACACACACACACACACACACACACACACGAAGAUUUGAGCUUGGAGUGUAUGUUCGACAUGAUUUAUUAGUGAGUUUUUACAACAUAAGUCAAGCCUAAUGAGUCAGCGGUAAAAUAAUCUACUGGACGAGUGGCCUGGGAUGGAGUCGAAUUCACGUCCUUGAUGAUCUUUUUGUUUUCCUGUCCCUCCCUGUCUACAAUGCUAUCACACCAGAUGGAUUAAAUGGAAUGAAGGACCUUUACUUUUAACGGUUUUUUCUGUCUUUUUCUUUUUUCUUUUUACUUUCUAAAUUGAUUCAGCAAUAUUUUCCUCGGGGAUUGGAGUAUGUACGGUAUGUAAGUUAAAAUAAGAAUCCUAUUAUUAGAAGGACUGCAUGUAGGGCGCAGCGCUCCCCAUGACAAACAGAUGGGGACUAGCAGCAUUUGGGUAGCUCUCGUCAGCAUACGACAAUCGUUAACAUGUCACACACACACAUGUAGACAAUAUGGUUCAGCCCAUUUCAAAGACGAUCACUUUUCAAACACCCUGUCGUCACUUCUAAGAAGAUUUCAUCAUCUAAAACAUGUAUCAAGCUGAAUGAAAAACUGAAUUUUCACAAACUAACUCCCAUGGAUGACUUGGGAACUGCAUCAAAGUAAAAUGCUGCAGUAACAGACAGAUAAAAGUGUUCACCAUCAGAUCUGGACUAUCUAAAAAAUUGAACCCACCAACAGGACAGGAAAGCCAGGUUCCCCUAAUAAAUCUUCAUCUCAGUGGGAUCUAUUUCAGGUAUAGAAAUCAGUGCACACCUGAGUGCGGUGUGUUUAAAAUUGGAAUCUAUAUUGUCUAGAGCAGCUGCAUACUUUAACAACUGCAUGUUACAAGUCUUCUAUUGUUGCGGAGCUUCUUGGUUUGCAUACCAUGUAAUCAAGCGCUCUGGUUGUGUGCCCCCGCUACCUUGACCCUCUGGUUAUAAAUGACAUAUUUUUAGGCGUUAUUACGUGGGGGGUGGGGCUAAUUAGACUAUUUAGCCGCAUAUGUUUGCCUCUCAGACUCAAUGGGAGACACAUUCUCCUAAAAGGAUUACAGAUGUACCUGCUUCAGACUCUCGGGUUUGCUUGGCUGACUUUUGGAUUCUCUACUGAUUGUGUUUCUGCCGCAGGAGCAAACGCAGCCUCCAGAAACGACUGUGGAAAAGACUGCAAUGGGACAAAGUAUGACACACAAGAAGCUGCUUGCUGUGGAAACAAACUUUACCCAGGGGCGAGUCUGUCUUGUUGUGGAAAGGAACCUUACAAUCCUGAAAAAGCAACCUGUUGCAAAGUACAAGACGGAAACACUCUCAGAGCCAAUAUUACUCAUGGUCUGAGUGAAAAGGUGUCCAACUGCUGUGGGCUGAAGCCCUACAACCCUGUCAAUGAAAUAUGCUGUCAAUCAACCAUCACUGCAAAACGUGGACCAAUGGCUGAAUGUUGCGGUAAAGGUGAGCAGACACACUGAUGAAAAACAUCAUAUUAAGCAUAUAUUAU